GCUUCUAGUUUGGAAAAUGAGUCAUAUGAUUUGUUAUUAGAAAUAGAUUAUCAAAUAGUUGAUUCAGAUGAUGAUAGCUCUACUAUCAAUUUGGAAAAUAAAAAUGAAACAAGUUUACAUAAUGAUGAAAAAUCACAUGAAGGCAUCUUGCAAUUAUACGUUGAUCGUGUAUUUAAUGCAUGGGAGGAAGGUAUAGGUGCUACUUUGCAGUAUAAUCUUUUGAAAGCAAAGUAUCUUGACAAAUAUAUUGACAAAAAAGAUAUAUAUAAUGCCAUUCAACAAUUCCAGGUGCCAUCUUGUGAAAACUUAGAAACUGAUGCUGCAAAGACUCUAAAAAGGUUAUUGGCAUUAAAAACAGAAGAUUCUGAUUGGAUAGUAGUACCUAAAAUUAAAGGCAAGAAAAAUAGAUUGACUGCUCUUUUUUGGAUAUUACUAUUACAG